AUGGGCCCGCCCUCUGUCAUCUCGAUCGCAGACGACCACAAGCUCCUCCAGGAGGCCCUCGCCACGGUCCACACCCAGACCGGCCAGCUCCGACGAUGCCUCGACGCCGACCAGAUCAUGGACGCCCUCAAGGCCGCGUCCACCAUGCUCGCAGAGCUGCGCACCAGCUCGCUCUCGCCAAAGCAGUACUACGAGCUGUACAUGGCCGUCUUUGACGCCCUGCGGCACCUGUCGAGCUACCUGUACGACGCUCACACCUCGGGCAAGCACCACCUCGCCGACCUGUACGAGCUCGUCCAGUACGCCGGCAACAUCGUCCCUCGCCUCUACCUCAUGAUCACGGUCGGCUCGUGCUACAUGUCGGUGCCCGGCGCCCCGAUCAAGGAGAUCAUGAAGGACAUGAUGGAGAUGACGCGCGGCGUCCAGCACCCGACUCGCGGCCUCUUCUUGCGCCACUACCUGAGCGGCAUGACGAGGGACCACCUCCCGAUCGGCGAGAGCCCUGGGCCCGAGGGCAACCUGUACGACUCGAUCGGGUUCGUCCUGACCAACUUUAUCGAGAUGAACAAGCUGUGGGUGCGGCUGCAGCACAGCGGCCUGUCGCGCGACCGCGACCGGCGCGAGCUCGAGCGGCGCGAGCUGCGCAUCCUCGUCGGCACCAACCUCGUGCGCCUGAGCCAGCUCGAGGGCGUCGACCUCGAGAUGUACCGCCGCGUCAUCCUGCCCAGCAUCCUCGAGCAGGUCGUCAAUUGCAAGGACAUCAUCGCCCAGGAGUACCUCAUGGAGGUCGUCAUCCAGGUCUUCACCUCGGACUUUCACCUGCGCACCCUCGGCCCGUUCCUCUCGGCGACGGCCCAGCUCCACCCCAAGGUCGCCAUCAAGUCGAUCGUGAUCGCCCUCAUCGACCGCCUCGCGGCGUACGCCGCAAAGGAGGCCGAGAACGAGCCGCCCGAGGAGCGCCGCCUCCAGGAGGAGGAGGCCAAGCGGCGUCUCGAGGGCGAGGUCGGGCGGCAGCGGCAGCGCCGCCGUGCCGCACUGCGGGCCGAGAACGCGGCGGACGGGCAGGGCGAGGGCGAGGGCGAGGGCGAGGGCGACGAGGAGACCGAGGGGUGGGGCGCGGCGGUCAGUGCGCUCCCGCCCGGGCAUCCCGACGCGGGCGUCAAGGACCUCGACGUCGGCGACGGGCUCAUCGACGGGCAGCAGCCGACGAGGGUCGGCAAGGACGGCGAGGUGCGCAAGUACCGCGGCAUCCCCGAGGACGUCAAGCUGUUCGAGAUGUUCUGGGAGCAGGUCGUCAACCUCAUCAAGGCUCGCCCGGACCUGUCGCUCCAGGACAUCACGGCCCUCCUCGUCUCGCUCGCCAACCUGUCCCUGUCGUGCUACCCGGCCCAGCUCACCUACAUCGACCAGGUCCUGUCGUUCGCCGCGUACCAGUGCCGCGCCUUUGCCGACUCGCCCGACCUGCACCACACGACGACGACGGCGCACCUCCUCGCGCUCCUCCUCGCGCCGACCCAGCACUACGCCACCGUCCUCACGCUCCUCGCCCUCCCCUCGUACGACUCGCUCCUCGCCGCACAGCCCUACGCGACGAGGCGCGCCGUCGCUCACGCCGUCGUCGCGUCGGUCCUCAAGAACGAGACGGUCGUCGACGCGCCCGAGGACGUCAAGGGCGUCCUGGCGCUGUGCCACGUCCUCGUGCGCGACCAGCGCGACCGGCCGUCGGGUGCUGUCGCUCGAGGCGGUGGGCCGGGCCAGGUGCCGCAGCAGCAGCAGCGCGAGCGCGACGAGGCGGGCUUGUUCGGCGCGGGAGGCUACGGCGGCGGCGGGUACCGCAAUGGGGCCGGUCAGGGGCAGGCGACGGCGUUCGAGAGGGAGGAGAUGGCCGAGGAGCAAGGGUGGAUCGCGAGGAUAGUCCACCUGUUCCGCGCCGACGACUUGACCGUCCAGUUCCAGCUCCUUCAAACGGCACGACGCGAGUUCACCGAGGGCGGCGAGCGCAUCCGGUGGACGUUCCCGCCCCUGAUCCUCGCCGCCGUCAAGCUCGUGCGGCGGUACAAGCGCAUGCAGCGCACCCGGCGCUCGCUCCCGCCAGACGAGUGGGACGCCCGUGUCUCGACCGUGUUCAAGUUCAUCCACCAGUGCACGUCGAUCCUGUACAACAAGGUCGAGGCGUCCGACAUCUGCCUGCGCCUGUACCUCCUCGCGCUCGCGGCGGCCGACGAGUCGGGCCACGAGGAGCUCGCGUACGAGUUCGCCGUCCAGGCGUUCACCAUCUACGAGGAGUCGAUCAGCGAGUCGAGGGCGCAACUGCAGGCCAUCGCCGCCAUCAUCGGCGCGCUCCAGGUCACGCGCGUCUUCGGCGACGACAACUACGACACGCUCAUCACCAAGGCGGCGCUCCACGGCGCCAAGCUCCUCAAGAAGGGCCAGCAGGCGACCGCCGUCGCCAUGGCGAGCCACUUGUGGUGGCAGAUGGACAUGCCCGGUCGCGAGCAGGGCGAGGACGACAAGCCGCCCUACCGCGACGGCAAGCGCGUCCUCGAAUGCCUGCAGAAGGCGCUGCGGAUCGCCACGUCGUCGAUCGACGAGCUCACGAGCGUCCAGCUGUACUGCGACGCGCUCGACCAGUACCUGUACUACUUUGAGCACGGCGUCGAGUCGAUCUCGGCCAAGCACAUCAACUCGCUCGUCGAGCUCAUCUCGUCCAACCUCGACUCGCUCCCUCCUCCUCCCGCCGGCGCGCCCUCGCCCAACCCGUCGUCGCAGCAGCGCGGCGGCCCGGCCCCGCACGCGGCGUACGCGCCGAGCACGAUCGGCGGCGCGACGUCGGGCCUCAUCGAGGGCGUCAACACGCCCGAGGCGGUCGCGCGACACUUCCUCGCGACGCUGCGGUACAUCCACAGCCGCAAGGACGGCGCCAACGAGGCGACGACCGAGGACAUCAUGCGUCUGUACGAGGACGUCGACGUUGCCGGCGUGCUGCUCAAGCUCGGCCAGGCGCAGGGCGAGCCGCAGGGGCAGGCCUUUGGCGGGCAGCCUCUCAGGUGAAGCGGCUCGUGCACGUAGUUUGUCCCUCGCCCUCUCCUUGUCUCUCCUCUCCUCUCAGAGACUCUCAGUCUGGCAGUGCAGUGCAGAUGUUGCAGGACG